AUGUCAGCAAAUACCAGCUGUGAUGCAAUGGAAUACGAUUGUGAUGUUACGAAGAGUACUUCCCCUGACUCAGCUAAACAGCUGAGCGAUUUUGCUGAUAAAGAAGAACACGAUUGCAUCGAUUCAGAAUUCACUGCUAGUCAAGAUCAACCAAAAGCAGACAGCAAGAAAAAGAGCAGAUCGCGAAGAAGACAAGGAAAAAGUGCACAGCUGGGCGAGGAACCACCGCCAUUUCAAGAAACAGAACUACCAGUUGAAGAAACAGAAGAAAUCAUGGCAAAAGGGGACGAUGCGAGCUCAAACUUUGCUGACAGUGGGGAGAAAGAAGAUCGUCAAGAUUUGCCUACCACUGAGAAUACGAGUGGCAGUAAAAGGAAGAGGAAUAGGCGAAGAAAAACAAAUAAAGUUCAAGAUGGCGAGGAAGCCAGCGAAGGGAUAAGCCAUCACGACCUUGUGGGGAGUGAUUUACAUCGUAGUCAAGAACCAAACGACAGUGUUCACCACGGGGAAGUGUCCGCUAAAGAUUCAGAGACGAAAAAUGCGAAUCAAUCCACUCCAAAUACUCAGAAGAGUAGAAAUUCAACUCGAAGAACGCCCAGCAGUGGCAACAAGAAACAGAAACCGCUCUACGAAAAGUAUUGGUCCUUAGAGAGAGUCUCAGAUGGAUUAAAAAGAGGAGAACUUGUGAAAGGAAUAUUAAGGAUUAGUCCCCGAAACUAUGAGCUGGCUUGGGUAACAGUACCGGGUCUAAAACGCGAUGUACUCUUGGAAGGAAUGUUGAAUCGUAACCGUGCUCUAAAUAACGACGUCGUUGUGUUGAAGAUAUAUCCCAAGGAUAAAUGGAAAAUAAUGCUGGAAGAACUGGAAUACAACGGUUUGACAGGGGAAAAUACAGAGAAUAACCACGUUGACAAGUUAGCUGAUAGUUUAGGCUCCUUAGCCGUGAGCCCUGCGAAUGUUAUGCAAUCUCCUUCAGCGAGGACGGUCCGUAUCGAGAAUAAGGCUGGCCAUACCCCUGAGUCACGUCGUCAAAAACAUUACAUCGAUGUCAAUCAAGUUCCUGACGAAUUUUUACAAAGAAGAGCCAAAGUGGUCUACAUCAUUGAGAAGAAACACUCGCGGGUUGCAAGCGGACAUCUAAAACCCUUCCCCCAUCCCAAAGAAAGACCUGAUGGGUGUUUCUCCCCGAUUGACAGUCGGUUGCCAAGGUUUCGUAUCCCGCGGGACAACUGCCCGCCGGGAUUCUUUAACAGACCACGUGACUUCGAAAAUACCUUGCACGUGGCACGUAUUGUGAGUUGGCCUGAGAACUCUUCCCGGGAUUCGUUUCUCGCAAUUGGUUCAAUAUCGCGGAGCCUGGGCGAAGCAGGUGAAAUAGAACCCGAAACAGAGGGGAUCCUUCUCGAGUACGGCAUAGAUUCUGGGCCAUUUUCGGACGAGGCCCUGGCGUGUUUACCCCAAGAAACACCUUGGAAAGUACCCUGCGAGGAACUGAAAUACCAGAAGAGACUUCCGCGAUGA